AUGACAGAGGAAUCACAAAAUCCAGUUUGGAGGGAUCCUCCUGGAGCCAUUGUGACAAACACAGUGGCUGAAAGUAAACGAUUUCUAGAGUCUUAUUGCAAGGAAGUGCAGGAAUUUGAAAGUUACUCAGGAAGACUAGUGUUUAUGUGGAGUUUCUUAAAGAUGCACUUGGUCUGUUUUGGACUGCUCCUUCUUGGCCUGGCCUGGGCAGCACCACAGGAAAGAAGAAGCAAAGACAAUAUUGUUCUUCACCAGUUUAACAAGAGAAGAAUUCAAGGGCCAACACCUGAAGAACCCAUUGUCCAGAAAGAUGUGUCCUUAUUUGGAGUUAAUGAAAAUAACCAAAGUGGUAAAUACCCCCAUCUUUUUGCAAGUAGACAGACAAUGAAUGAAGGCGGCAGCAUUAGUAAUGAAGACAAUCCGUAUAAUGACCUAGCCACAUCUACUCACCCUGAACCUACUGAGGAUGCUGGGGUUGAGGAGAGAGACGAGGCUCUCAGCACACUACAUGACCAAGAAGAAUAUGGCGCAGCUUUCAUCAGAUAUAACAUUCAGCAUAGAAUAGAGUCAGUGACUGUGACUGAACCUUUGAGGGAAGAAAACAAAGAGAAAAAGCCCCACAAUAUUGUAAGCAAAAUUCUGGCAGAUGCAAACUAUGUUAAAGCCCCUUUAAAAGAUAAGAAGAAUCAUCAAAGAGAUCCCCAAAGCCAGGAUAACCCAGUAAAAAGUCAAAGUACUCACCACAGUCAACACAAUGUUGACUAUCUAAAGCAACUCCCCAAAGUCAAAAAGAUCCCCAGAGAUUUUGAAGGCAGUAGUUACCCAGAAUUUCACGGCAGAGGGGACAAUGAUAUCUCUCCUUUCAGUGGAGAUGGACAACCUUUUAAGGAUAUUUUUGGUAAAGGAGAAACUGACUUAGAUGGUACAGAUACUCAAACAGAGUUUUCUGGCUCAAAUGCGCCUGAGACUAAUAAUUUGGACAUGAGAGGACCAGGUUAUAAUGAGCUCCCAGAGAAAGAAGAAAAUGGCAGGAAUAGCAUCAGAAUCAAAGAUAAAACAGAGGAAGAUGCAAAUACUGCUGAAAUAAGCUUGGUGGAAGGCAACAAUGAUAUCAUAGGUAUCACCAAUUUUAAAGAACUUCCUGGAAAAGAAGGAAACAGAGUGGAUGGCAACAGUCAAAAUGCUCACGAGGGGCAAGUAGAGUUUCAUUACCCUCAUGCCCCCUCAAAAGAGAACAGAAAAGAAGGUGGUGGUGAUAUAACGAAAAGUACUCAUGAUAAUGAAAUUCAAAAAAAAGGCAAGGAUAGUAGUAGAAAAGGUAUAGAAAAUUCUAGUAAGAAUCAAGAGACAUCUAGUGAAAACCAAAGCUUUCCUAGUAAGGGUAAAAGUCAGGAGCUCAUUCCUUCCCACAGUCUUGAUAAUGAAAUUAAAAAUGAAAUACAUUUCCAUAAUGACCCCAAUAUUGAGGGGACUACAACAACACACAAGGGAAAAGGUCAUUAUGUACCCCACAGACCAAACACUUCCACAGGAACUGCAGGUGUGCCACAAAGGAAAGGCUCUUGGGGCCACAGAAAACCCUAUUCCAAUAGAAAGCCUCACUUCCCCAGAAAACAUGACAGCAGUGAAUCAUCUGAAAGUGACAGUUCAAGUGAAAGUGAGGGUGACUAGCACACUAGACACUCCCAGCAAGAUGACAUUUUGAAUCCCUAAUCAUCUGUGAUUUGAUGGUUGAGAGGAGCCACCUGAUAGCAAAGCAUAUGAAAGAGGACACAGCAGAGAAGUGAGUUAGCCAGGAAGCUGCCUCCUGGGGAGAAUCAUUGCUAU